CACUCCCAAUCCAAGAGAUUGUUUAGAAACAAAUUAAUCGAGAGAGAAAUUUACAGGCUUCAAUCAUGGCAGCGGAAGACCAGCAGUCUUCAAUCAUGGAGGUAAAAGACCAGCAGAACGAAGUCCUGUCCAUGCUGGAUACCGCCAAAACUCAGCUCUACCACCUAAAAGCAGUUGUGAUCUCCGGCAUGGGCUUCUUCACCGAUUCCUAUGACCUUUUCUGUAUCUCCCUCGUCACCAAGCUCCUGGGCCGCAUUUAUUACCAUGUGCCCGGAUCUUCAAAGCCGGGCAGCCUUCCUCCAAGCGUGGCGUGCGCUGUCAACGGAGUUGCCCUAUGCGGAACCCUAGCCGGUCAGCUCUUCUUCGGGUGGCUCGGGGACAAGCUCGGCCGCAAGCGUGUUUAUGGUUUAACCCUAAUGCUAAUGGUGGGUUGUUCUAUUUGUUCCGGCCUUUCUUUUGGCAACUCCCCAACUACUGUCAUGGCCACACUCUGCUUUUUCCGGUUUUGGCUAGGCUUUGGAAUUGGCGGCGACUACCCACUUUCGGCAACGAUCAUGGCGGAGUACUCGAACAAAAAGAACCGCGGGGCAUUUAUAGCCUCGGUUUUUGCUAUGCAAGGGUUCGGAAUCUUGGCUGGUGGGUUGGUGACUCUUGUGAUUUCUUCUAUCUUUCGCGCCCUAUACCAUGCCGAGCCCUACUCGGUUGAUCCACUUGGGUCGACAGUCCCUCAAGCGGACUAUGUCUGGAGGAUUAUUCUCAUGUUCGGAGCAGUCCCAGCCGCAUUAACUUUCUAUUCGAGAAUGAAGAUGCCGGAGACCCCUCGUUAUACUGCCUUAGUAGCCAAGGAUCAAAACAAGGCGUGCCAAGACAUGGCAAAAGUGUUGAAUCUUGAAAUCAAAGAGCAAUCCCAAGAUAACAAGUCCUCAAGUUUUGGUCUAUUUUCCAAAGAGUUUCUUAGGCGUCACGGUAAACAUUUAUUGGGCUCAGCCAUGUGUUGGUUAUUGUUAGACAUUGCUUACUAUAGCCAAAAUCUUUUCCAAAAGGACAUAUUCAGCGCCGUCGGAUGGCUGCCAUCAGCAAGCUCUAUGAGUGCCCUAGAUGAGCUUUACAAAAUCGCAAAGGCACAAACCCUAAUAGCCCUAUGCGGCACAAUUCCGGGGUAUUGGGUCACGGUCGUUCUCAUAGAUCGCAUUGGUCGGUUGGCAAUUCAGCUAAUUGGGUUCUUUUUCAUGACUGUUUUCAUGCUUGCCUUGGCAGCUCCUUACCACCACUGGAUUAGACCUGAAAACAAUAUUGGAUUUAUUGUCAUGUAUGCUCUAACAUUUUUCUUUGCCAAUUUUGGACCCAAUGCUACAACGUUUGUUGUGCCAGUGGAGAUUUUCCCAGCUAGGUUUCGGUCCACUUGUCAUGGGAUUUCAGCGGCUGCGGGCAAGUUGGGAGCGAUUAUUGGGGCUUUCGGGUUUUUGUAUGCUGCCCAGAAUCAAGACCCGGCUAAGGCUGAUCCAGGGUACCCAGCUGGAAUUGGAAUGCAGAAUGCUCUCUAUGUUCUUGCAGCGAUCAACGUUAUUGGGUUCUUCUUUACAUUUUUGGUGCCAGAGUCGAAGGGAAAGUCACUGGAGGAGAUGUCAAGAGAGAAUGAAGUUGAAGUUGAAGAGCAGUCCAGCAUAGUUUAAUUAUCUAGGUUACUGUUUAGGAAUGUGAUUGUUAAGAAUUUAUCUAGGUUACUGUUUAGGAAUGCGAUUGUUAAGAAUUUGAGUUCAACUUUUGGUGUUGUUGUUUUGAGUACAUCAAUAUUUUUACACUAAGGGGAGGGA